UACACAAUGAAACCUGGGCUUAGAAAAUAUGCCUGUGAUCUCACACUGGACCCAAACACAGUACACAAACACCUCUCUCUGUCUGAGGAGAACACAAAGGUGACAUGGAGGAUAGAGAAGCAGCUGUAUCCUGAUCACCCAGAGAGAUUUGACUACUGGAGCCAGGUGCUGUGUAGAGAGGGUCUGACUGGGCGCUGUUACUGGGAGGUAGAGUGGAGUGGGAGAGAAGCUAAUUUAGGAGUGACAUAUAAAGGAAUCAACAGGAAAGGAAGGGUUAAGGACUGUGGGCUUGGAUCCAAUGACAAGUCCUGGAGUCUGUUCUGCUCUGACAACAGUUACUCUGCCUGUCACAAUAAUAAUCCCACUACCAUAGACGUUCCCUCCUCCAGCUCCCACAGAGUAGGAGUGUAUCUGGACUGGCCAGCCGGCACUCUGUCCUUCUACAGAGUCUCCUCUGACACACUGACCCACCUGCACACUUUCUACACCACAUUCACUGAGCCCCUCUAUCCAGGGUUUAAUGUUUGGGAUGAAUCUUCAGUGUCCCUGUGUCAGGUGGUCCCUGUGUCAAACACAACAUGAUGUUUGACUCUAACCAUGUGUUUUAUGUUUGAUCAGAAUAUGAUGUUUAAAUACGUGGAAUAACACACCAGUUUGGACCAGUUUCUUCCUGUAAAUAAUAACCAUGGUAACUCUG